AUGGGUUUCGGAGCAACAUUACUUUGGGUAGGACAAGGGAAAUACCUUUCUGAUUGUUCUAAACAUAAAAUAGAGAAGAAAGGUGUCUAUUCCAGCAUCUUCUGGGGAGCUAUGUUUUUCGCUUCUUUUCUAUCAAGUAUUUUGAAUGCAUUAGUUCUAGGCUCAUAUCCGCAAGAAUAUCUCUAUAUAACAUGCUCUUUGAUAUCUCUUUUAGCAACCAUUUUAAUGAUAUUUCUGCCUAAAAUAUAAAUUGAGGAGCAGGAAUAAAAAGAUGAAAGAACUGGCAAAUCUGAUAUAAAGGAACAGGAAAAGCAUGGUAUAAUUAAGCUGAUUUCUGAUAAGCAAAUGAUCCUAACUUAUGGUAUAUCAUUGGCUACUGCUCUUUCCCUAGCAUUUAGGUUAUCUGGAUUAUUUAGUUUCCUAACAUUAACUCAGUCUAACGAAACAAUCCAAAAUAAAUUUAAAAAUGCUUCGUAUGCAUAAGCAUUCCUAGGAUUAGGCUAAUUAAUAGGAAGCUUAGUAUCUAAGAUUCAUACCUUUAGAAUCAAAUGCAAGUUAUUAUGGGAGCAGAAUUCACCUAAAGUAUAGAAGCUUUUGCUAUCUACAGAUUAUUUAACUCAGUUGCUGUUACAUUCAUCCUCAUUAUUAUCUCAAAUUUGA